CAAGGUGGCAGCAGGAGAGUGGGAAAACGGGUACCUUAAACACUCAAACAAAACAAAACAAAUACUGAGUAAAAGGAAAGGUCUGUGUAUUAUUUUUCUGAGAGACUCCCAGAGGAGCCACCCAACGAAUCAACUCUCUGCACCUCCCUCCUCUCUCCCCUUGUUCUCCUCCUCUGCCUUACCCAACACUCACGCCCAUCCAUGAGUGGAACCAACUCCUCUGCCUAUCGAUCGGAGCGUAGUUUCCACCAGACCUCAUCCUCAUCCUCAUCCUCGUCCUCUGGUAACCCAUACAUGGAGAAAAGCCGGGGACUGUUUGCCGAGGACUUUGGCUCCUUCAUGAGGCCUGGGAGUGACGCCUUGGGAUUUUCCAGUGGAGCUGGGAAUAUCAAAUCUCUUGGAGAUUCGUACCAGUUCACAGUUGACGUGCAAGACUUCUCUCCUGAAGAUGUCAUCGUCACCACAUCCAACAACCAGAUAGAAGUUCGUGCCGAGAAGUUGGCCCAGGACGGUUCAGUCAUGAACACGUUCACCCACAAGUGUCAGCUCCCUGAGGACGUGGACCCCACCUCAGUGACAUCAUCACUGGGCGCAGAGGGAACCCUCACAGUUCGGGCGCGGCGGCAUCCGGCCAAACACGAGCUCGUACAGACCUUCCGCACUGAGAUCAAGAUCUAAACAGUGAUGAAUUUAUAAAAACAGAUCUCUGGCUUCCUGUGUUUUUUUUUUUUAUUAUUUUACUUCUUCUAUUCCCUGUCUUCAUUGAAACAUUUAACACUCACUUUAAAACACGUCGCCUCCCUCCCUCCAUGACUGCAACACGACCUGUUGCUGCUCAUUUAAAGUCUGAAUUAGUUCACAAUGCACAUACACAGCAGCAGUAGGUCAUACCUGUUAAUAACAGACUGAGACAGAGGCUUGGACAUGUGGUCCAUCUAAACAGACCCCCACCCCCUCACCCCCCCCCCCUCUCAUAUUUCUAUCCAUUUUAAGACCUGCAUUGACCUCCAUUUAUUUGGACAUACAGGCUACUCAAGGCCUUAUUCUUAACCUUAACCAUAACCAUAACCAGUUAAUAACUAGCCCUAAGCUUAACCUAACCGCAAUUCAAAUCUUAGCCCUCAACUUAACCAGCUCCUCAGAAAUUAGGUUCUACCUCAUUAGGACCAGGUUUUGGUCUCCAUGAGGAGUUCUGGUCCUGACAAGGUCGGUGUUUAUGCCAGAAAAGGUCCUGAAGAGGUGACACACACACAUACAAACACGUUUCUCAUUCAUAAUUUGUUGUAUAUUAUAUAAUAUUAUUAUUUGUGUGAAUAAAACACUCAUUUGACAGUAAA